CUCUUCACAUUUCUUUAGAUUUCCCCUUCUCCCUCUCCAAAAUUCCAGUUCCUCCAAAAUCAUGGCCUCCCCAACACUCAUAACCCCUUGUACUUCCAAAUCUCAAACUCCCUUCAUACCCCUCAAACCCAAAUCCACCAUUUCCGCCGCCGCGACAGCCACCACCGUCCGCCGCCGCGACUUCCUUUCUUUGACGGCUUCUGUUCUAGCUCCAUCAUGGGUUCUGUUCCCUCAAUCGCCGGCACUGGCGUCUUCUGACGACGAGUACGUGAAGGACACGAGCGAAGUGAUAGGGAAGGUGAGAAUGACGAUCACAAUGGACAGAAACGACCCGAAUGUGGCAGCGGCAGUGGCGGAGCUUCGGGAAAGUUCGAAUUUUUGGGUGGCUAAGUACAGGAAGGAGAAAGCUCUGUUGGGAAGAGCUUCGUUUAGGGAUAUGUAUUCGGCAUUGAAUGCGGUGUCGGGACAUUAUAUUAGCUUUGGGCCGACGGCACCGAUUCCGGCGAAGAGGAAGGCAAGGAUUUUGGAAGAGAUGGACACUGCAGAGAAAGCUCUGUUAAGAGGGAGAUGAAAAUUACGUGAGGCAUUUUUCAUUCUUUUUCACUUUGUAUUUUUUUUUUUUUCUUCCUAAGUAUUGGAAUUUAAUGUUUAUGGGUUAUGUAAGUAUAGAAUAUGGGGAUUCACAAUUUGUGAAUUUACAAGAGGGAAAUAUUCUAAACUUCGGUGAUAAAUGCUUCAAGAUAAAUACAUUCUUGAGACUUUCUCGUAAUAUUUGAUCU